AUAUCACUCGGAAUAUUUCCGACAACAAGCGAACGCAGCAGCGUUCCCCGGCAGCGAGCGAUAACGGGCUGACAAACCUGCGUCUACAGGGCCCAGCUGCACAUCAAGAACUGCCGAGACCAGCACAGAAAAUAUCAAGACCUUAUUCUCCGACUGAUUCGGUGCUUUACUUCUUGGCCUCAGGUCCGCGGGUCGGAUGCGGGUUCAUUUAUUUCCGAAGAUGCUUCGAGGAGCAGGUGCGCCGCAGGGAUUUAGCCUCUAAGAAAUUGCUCCAAAGGUUUAGUCUUUCGGGGAGGCUACUGCUGUUUUUUUUGUUGUCACUUUCGGGCCGAGCCGCUGGUGAAUUAGCCGAAGAAGUCGACCAGCUUCGAUGCUUCGUGCGGGAAGGAUGGAGGAGUUUGUCACGGAGGACGAAGAGCCGUGGUACGACCAGCGAGACCUGGAGCAAGGUGACAUGAUUUUUACAUCUGUGUCAUUUGUGUGUGUGUGUGUGUGUGUGUGUGUGUGUGUGUGUGUGUGUGUGUGUGUGUGUGUGUGUGUGUGUGACUGAUUAGGGAGGAUCACACUCUACAACAAUACCUCAUCCACAAUCACUGCCACGCAGGCUUAGAUACUGAGAUCCAUAAAUUCUUGGAUAUGGAGGAUGGGAAUGAAGGGGGAGGUUGCAUCCGAUAUGAAAUGCACUUAAUGCUGAAUGUCUGUCUCGCCUGCCUAUGUCUUCCGCUUCCCUCCUCUGCCAAUUAUUGGGAUGUUGUCAGUGGUGCUUCCCAGGAUGGACUUGCUGUCUGACUGAGUGAGUGUUGCCUCUGUCUCGCCUCCUUCCUCUGCAGGGCCCUGCUUCCCAGCAUCCUCCACAUCUGUAGUUUUCUCUUACAGUCAAUCAAACACUCUGGAUUCAUCUCACAGGACAAUUGUACCUCGGCAGGGCUGGCCUCUGCAUCACCCCAUCCCCUGAUUACCUGCUGACCCAGAGACCAAAGCAGCUUUGUAUCUCAUCAUGGCAGAGAGAGAAAGCCAGGUGCUGCAAUGCUGUCUGCAUCUCAUCUCAGCAUUAUUAAGUCAUUAAGCCCCUGCUCCUGGAUGAUCUGAUUAGGGAGCCCCAGACUAGACGUCUUUAGUCUGGCUCAGGGAUGCCAGGCUUUGGAGUCAGAUGUGAGGCAUAAUUGCCAAAGUAAUAUCAUCCUAAUCGUGAUGAAUUUGCUCAGGAAAUAAUGCUGUUACACAACUUCUCCACUGCCAUCCAUGAUAUGUUUUGAGUAUGAUGUGGCCAGAUGGCAUGGUGUGGUGAUGUCAUGUUGCAGCCUCAUCUGAGGGCCCUGUCCUGGAACGUGAGAUUCAUACACCAGAGAGCAUCUCAGAGAUGCACGCUUAGAGUUGGACACAAAUGAGCAGAUGCGGUUAAAAUGUACUGAUGUAACUGGAAGACAGAUACGCUGAUUUAGCCUUUUAUGUUUCAGGUAUCCAGUGUUUGGUAUUCCCUCGACAGAAACCUCUCAUCCAUGCACAUAAAUGUGGAAUUAUAUAACCAAUACACGGCACGUGUCUGCCCUUGGGAGCAGAAACAGAGCUGUGACUGAUUCAAACCUCGAGGGGGGUGAAGGCUCGCUGUGCUCUCUCCUCACACACUCUCACUCAGCUCAUUAUCAGCUCUGCAUGAGAUGCAAGUGUGUCAAGGCAGGCGGACACACUAUGAGCUCAUGAUGUUGAGUAGUUUCAUUCGAGAAUUCGGGAGGAGUCCUGCUGCAAUUGUGUAUGUUAGUUUUCACACCUACAGAUGGAUCAACAUUAAAUCACUUCUAACUGUAAUCUUUGUUAUACUGGCUGAGGACAGACACGAGUGUCUGUGAGCAUACAGGUUUGUUCCUGUCACUUUCCAUGUUCUGCUGAUGAACACUGGUCAUGUGAAGUAAUGGCUGUCAGUGACUCUGUCUUACUACCUACCUAUAAUACAAUACAAUAUGAUAGGAUGGUUUAAGUAUGGUAUAAUUCAGUACUUUAUAAUCACAAUACAAUUUGAUGGGAUAAAAUACGAUAUGAUGCUUGCUAUUAUGUAUGUUACAGUAUGAUACAACACAAUACACUACUGCAUGACAUGAUAGGACACGAUAUGAUACAAUACAACUUAAUUAAUUAAUACUGUAUGAUUUGAUACUUUUUUGAUACAACACAAUAGGAAACAAUACUUGGUAUGGUAUAAUACAUAGUGAUAUUAUAGGAUAAUACACUGUGUGCAGAAUUAUUAGGCAAGUUGUAUUUUUGAGGAUAAACUUUAUUUUUGAACAACUGCAGUGCUCUUGGUCAAUCCAAAAUGUUAAUAAACCUCAAACCUGAAUAUUUCAGGGAGUAAAAGUGAGAUUUUGGCUUCCUUAGGAGAAUAUCUAUGUGUGCACAAUUAUUGGGGGCAGCUAUUAGUGUGCAGAAUUAUUAUGCAACUAAAUUGAAAAUGAAAAAUUUUCCAUCUCACUUGUUUAUUUUCACUUGUUAAAGUGAGAAUGAUAAACAAACAACUCAAUUUACAAAUAAAAAUUGUUGAAAUUAAAAAAAAAAAAUCUGUGACCAAUGUAACUUCUUUUCAAUAACAGUCAUAAGCCUUCCAUUCAUGGAGUCUUUCAGUUUCUUGAUCUGUUGACGAUCAACUUUUUGUGUUGCAGUAACCAAAGCCUUCCAGACACUGUUCCAGACACUGUUCAGAGAGGUGUACUGUCUUCCUUCACUGUAAAUUUCCCGUUUAAGAAGGGCUCACAAGUUCUCAACAGGGUUUAGGUCAGGUGAAGAAGGAGGCCAUGUCAUUAUUAUUUCGUUUUUAAGGCCUUUACUGGCGAGCCACGUAGUGGAGUACUUUGUUGCAUGCAAUGGAGCAUUGUCUUGCAUAAAAAUCAUGGUUUUCUUGAAAGAUGCAGACUUUUGCCUGUACCACUGCUUGAAGACUGGCAUUGGAUUUGGGAGUUGAUUUUAAGUCCAUCUUUAACCCAAAAGGUCCAGCUAGCUCAUCUUUAAUAAUACCAGCCCAUACCAGUACUCCGCCUCCACCUUGCUGGUGUCUGAUUCGAAGUGGAGCUCUGUGCCCAUUACUGAUCCAGCCACGGGUCCAUCCAUCUGGUCCGUCAAGAGUCAUUCUCAUCCCAUCAGUCCAUAAAACCUUUGAAAAAUCUCUCCAGAUAUUUCUUGGCCCAGUCUUGACGUUUCAACUUGUGUCUAGUUCAGUGGUGGUCAGAUUUCAGCCUUCCUUACCUUGGCCAUGUCUCUGAGCACUGAACACCUUGUACUUCUGGGCACUCCAGGUAGGUUGCAGUUCUGGAAUAUGACAGCACUGGAGGAUUAGCAGUUCCUGGUAGCUUUACGUUUGAGUCUUCUCAAUUCUUUGGCAGUUAAUUUGCGUCUUUUUUUCUUAACACAUUUCUUGCGACCCUGUUGACUAUUGGCAUCAAAAUGUUUGCUGAUUCUGUGAUCACGCCCAAAUAUCUAAGCAAUUUCAAGAGUGCUGCAUCCCUCUGAAAGACUUCUUACAUUUUUUGACUUUUCAGAGUCACUUAAAUCUCUUUUUUGGCCCAUUUUACCUGAGGAAAAGAAGCUGCCUAAUAAUUAUGCACACCUUGAUAUAGGGUUUUGAUCUUAGGCCCCAGCCUCCCUCAUUACACUAAUACACAUUACCUGAUAUGCUUAUAUCCAAUAAGCAUUCAAGUUUAUACAGCUUGGAGUUGGAAAAUAUGCAUAAAAAUGAUGAUAUGAUCAAAAUACUCACUUGCCUAAUAAUUGUGCACACAGUGUAGAAUAGAAUAGAAUAUUCCUUUAUUGAUCCCCCAUGGGGGACAAAGAUAGUGCAAAAAUUCUGUUAUAAAAAUAAAGAUUGUGAUAUUAAGAACUUAAAUAAAUUUAUAAUUAAGAAAAAAUUCAGAAAAAGGAAAAGGGGAGAAGAAAAUAAAACUAUAUACAAUAUACACAAUUUAGGUACCAAACACAAUUUAAGUACCAUAGAUAGAAUACAAUAAACUACUUUUUGAUAUAUGAUUUGAUAUCAUACAAUAGGAUGAAAUAUGAUGUAAUGUAUGAUAUGAUAUGUGAUACUUUUAGAUAGGAUCUGAUUAUAUGAUACAUUUGGAUUCAUAAUGAUACAAAAACAAUGGCAGAGUGUAGUAUGAAAUGAUACAACGCUAUAUGACAUAAUGAAUGACAUACCAUACGACAUGAUAUAAUGCAACGUAAAACUUGUAUAAUUUGAUAUGACAAAAUACGAUACAGUUUGUUAGUGUAUUAAAAAUAAUGUGAUGCAACAUGACACAAUGCGAUAUGACUGGAUAGCAAAGGAUACAAUGAGACACUUGAUAACAUGCUGCAACAUGAUAUGAUACCUAACAACACAGCUAUAUUUCAUGACACAAUGUAAUACAAUUUAGUUUGAUAAAAUAUAAUGGGGCAAAGUCAGGAUACAAAAGAGAUGAUAUUUGAUUUGAUACAUGAUACAACACGAUACAACAUGAUAAUUUAUGCUCCAAGAUGCAAUAUGAUGCAGUACAAUAUAUUUAAUUAUUCCCUUGGAGGGAACAGACACACUGCUGAAAACCACCAAAACAAACAGAUAUAUUAUACUCAAAUUGCACAUGUUCCCCUUCUUCAUUAUAGGCUGCCAGUUUUGCAGAGCCACCAGGAUUCAGCUCCUGCUCCCCACUGUUCUACCAGAGGAGAUGAAUAUUGUAAUAAUUCAACUUUGAAGCUGACUUGUUUUUCUGUUCUUAUUUCCCUGCUCCCAUCAGACCUGCACCUGGCAGCCGAGCUUGGCAAGACACUCCUGGAGCGUAACAAGGAGCUGGAGGACUCCCUGCAGCAGAUGUACAUCAACAAUGAGGAGCAAGUGCAAGAGAUAGAGGUACACGUGCUCGUUUUGCCAAUUAUAACUCCGCAAGCACAUAUUUGAGUCAGCUAAUAAACACACAAAAUGCAGAGAUACCAGCUGAAACAGCUUGCAUGAGCUGGUUCCUUUGAUUUCACACCAAGAUAAUCAUCAGAAGGCACAGAGCAGCUGGAUGAAGGAGUAUAGAGCAGAGGACCUGAAGUGUUUAUUCUGGGAACAUGAACAGAUAUGUAAAAGGAUAAAAACUCACUUCUUCACGCAGUAGGGAAGCCGGGCUGAGCACCUGAGUGCUGGGCUGUCAACAGAGUGAACAAUGUGAAACUUUCAUUACUGAAUUGACCUUUGGGGAUCAGUAAAGUUCUUAUUUCUUAUCUUCGCCAGUGUUUGUUUUACUUUUCUUAAAUUAAUGUACUUGCAAAUGAGAACUAUUGAGCGGUCUGCAAAAACUGACAUCACAGUCUGUUUUGUUUUGCGGGCUAUCACGGUCCUUUUAUAACUGCUGUCAAUUUAAUCGUUCUUGACAUAAACGAGACAAUUUGUACAUUUAUACGAACUUUUUCAGACAGCUGAACUGUGGAUUAUGCACCAGCUCAUCUAUUUCAACCAGAAACCCAGUACUAUCAAAAAACUUUAACAUUCUAUAUUACUACCAGCCCAAGAUUAAACUAUUUAUCCCUAAAGUUUGGAUAGUUAUCUUUUUAUCAUAACCCAAAAUUACCCUCUUAUAACCCAUUCUCCAUUACAUUAAGAAAACCAUCAACCAUUUAGCUUUUACUUUUAGCUUGUCAUCUAUUAGCAUACUGUCUCUCAAAAAGUUAAGCGUCAUCCCAAGAGAAGGAUUUGAACCACUGAUCUAAGAGGUUUAGCCAUCCUUUCCACUAUAUAAUCCAACUAAACUAUCUGUACUUUAUGCUAGCUUUACAGCUAUUUGUCCUUUAGCCUACCUUUAGCUGUAAAAUUAACCAUUAAUUCAAGCUAGUAAUCAAAGAUUUAUGAAGAUAUUAAUUAUCUUCCACUUCUUUCAUCCAACCAGUUAACUAUUUGUGAAUUCCUUCUGAUCCACUAUAUAUUCAUUACUCAAAGCUAGCCCACUUCAGGCCAAACUUUAAAGAUCUUUAGUUUGUGCUAAUUUCGUUAGCCGGUUUUAUUGUUCUUUUAGAUAACUGUUUUAGCCCUUUAUGUUUUGAUUUAAAUUUAUAUACACUACAGGCCAAAAGUUUGGAAGCAAGGCCAUUACAGGCCGAACAGUUGGGAGUAACUUCAAGUUUUUGUUCACAAUGCUUUUUUUUUUUUUUUAAAUCCAGCACGAGUUUUAUGUAUUUUGGGAUGUAUUUACUCCAUGAUCAGAUGUUGCUUUCAUGGAAAUGCACCAUUUUACUCCAUUUACCUUUAGAUAUACAUUGAUGUUAACAGACCAUUGCUAAAGACUUAGUUUUAGGGUUGAAAACAUUUGCAAGAGUCACAACUUCAGUGCAAAAGCAAAAAAACAAAUCACAGUUGGAUUAUUCACUUUAACUUUUCGGCUUUUGAGAGCCUGCAUACAAAAAUCCUAAUAAAGCUCAACUGCGUUCAAACCACCACAAAAAUGGCUAGAAAGAAGCAACUGAGUAAAGAAACAAAAGUACAGAUUUGUACAUCGAGGAAAGAAGAAUACACAGAAAGAGAAAAUUGCAAAAUACCUAAAGGUGUUUAACAAAGGAGUCCACUACACUCUGAAGAGACUAGAGGAACCUGGAAGUUAUGAUGAUAGAAAAAGGCCUAGAUGAAAGAGAGUUACUACAAAAGCAGAGGAUAAACAUAGCAUUGUCAUCAGUAAGAGAGAUCGGCGAAAGACAGCACCACAAAUAAGGGAGGAAAUCAACAUGACAAGGUCAAAACCCAUAUCUCUGACAACCGUGAAAAGACGUUUGAGAAAGGCUGGUUUGAAGGGUUGUGUAUCUGCAAAAAAACACUACUUCGUCCACAGAACAAGAAAAAGAGAUAUGAGUGGGCAAAAGCUCACGAAAAUUGGACUCAUGAUGACUAGAAACAAGUUUGCACUGUUUGGUUCAAAACGCAGAGUCUAUGUCCUCAGACAAACUGGUGAACGUCUGAAAGCACCAUGUGUUACACCCACAAUUCAGCAUGGAGGUGGUAGUUCCAUGGUAUGGGGAUGUUUUGCAGGUGAUGGAGUAGGAGAUUUGUUUGAAGUAAAGGGUAUCAUGAAGAAGGAACAGUACCACUCCGUCCUCAAGCACCAUGCUGUUCCAUCUGGACUCAGACUUGUGGCUCAUAAGUUUGUUUUGCAGCAAGACAGUGACCCCCAGCACUCUGCCAAGCUCUGUCAGAGUUACCUAGACAAAAAAGAAGAGGAAGGUGUUCUUCAAAAGAUGGUUUGGCCCCCUCAGUCUCCAGACCUUUCUCCAAUUGAGCUUGUGGGUGAAUUGGAUCGAUCGGUCAGAAAAACACGUCCCACGAAUCAGCAGUCUCUUUUUAAUGAACUUAAGAAAGCUUGGAAUGCAAUCCCUGGAACAUACCUUAAAAAAACUUGUGGAACGAAUGCCUGGUAUAUGCCAAGCUGCUGUUAAAGCCAGAGGAGGUUACUUUAAAGGAAGCAAAGUCUAAGCAACAAUAACUCAAAUACCUAAUAAUUAUAGUCAAAAUGUCUGAUAAGUUACUCUUUACACAACAGUCACGUUUAUUGUGUUCCAAAUUAUAUAUAUGAAACUAUGAUUUUUUUUGUACAAAUCUGAUCUUGCUUCCAAACUUUUGGCCUGUAGUGUAUAUACAUAUAUUUUUACUUUUUGUGGUAAAAUAGUUUUGGCCAGGUGCAGCCAAGACAAAGUUAAGGACUAAGAACAUGAGAUGCUUCCCCUGCUGGUUUCAGACAUAGGUGAAUGUGUUUGAGGAUCAUCUGAUUUUAACAUGUUGUUGUCUCUGUUCCAGUAUUUGUCCAAGCAGCUGGAAAUGUUGAGGGAGAUGAAUGAACAGCAUGCAAAGGUUUAUGAGCAGCUGGAUGUGACUGCCAGAGAGCUGGAGAUCACCAAUGAGAAACUGGUGCUGGAGAGCAAGGCAUCACAGCAGAAAAUAGACAGGUGAUCCACGGCUCUCACACUUUUACCAUCCUCUGUCUCUCUGUAAGAAUUAUACAAUUUAUACAUCAUAAGAAAACACCAGAAAUAACUUACUACCCCGGUCUUUUUAAAAGCUAUUCGUGUAAUCAUAAUCAGGGAUUUAGAUUCUUUACAAGUCAUGUAAGUGGUCUGAGGACUAAACAGAGCUCUAAAUAGCUGCCUCUGUUCCUUCUUGGUACACCUCAGCUACAAGCUGUAGAUUUAGCAGAGUGGUAUGCUGAGCAAAGACGGACUUAUCCUUCAUAACAAUGGUGUAACAUGUACUGGAACCAUAUUUGUGUGUUUGUGUGAACAGGUUAAUGGGCACCAUGGAGACCUUACAGGGUCAGGUGGACUCUCUGACAGCUCGGGUGGAGGAGCUGCGGACUCUGGAGGAGCUGAGGGUUCGCAGGGAAAAGAAGGAGCGGCGCAAGACUGUCCAUUCUUUCCCUUGCCUUAAAGAGCUCUGCACCGCGCCAAGGUUACGACCUGUUGCAGAUUGAAUGUUUACUUACAGCACACAGAGGCACUCUGUGGACAAAUGUACACACUGUAAUCCUCCUUAUGAUUUGCAAUUUCCUGAUACUGGCCACAUAUGAAGUCCAAACUGAGCCAAUGUAGGAAUUUUACUACUUUACGUUGAAUUUGAUGCAAGCAACACAUUUCCAAAAAGUGAGGAUAGGAAGAUCCUUAUUAUUGCGCUGCAUCACCUCUGCUUUCUAACAUUGCUAUGAAAAGGAACCAAGGAGACCAGUUUCCGGGGUUUUCAUCUAAUUCUGUUACAGGAUUUUAGCUGCUCAACAGUUGAGGGUCUGCUUUGUCACAUUUUUAUGUCAUGAUAUACAAUCUUCUGUCAGUGGAUGACAUGUUGGGACUGCCAGCAGGUCAGUUUCUUAUCUGGCCCCUUCUACUCCUGAGCCAUGCUGUUGUAAUUUGAGCGUAACAUGGUUCGACAUGGUCUUGGUGAAUAUGAAAGUCUCUCCUGAAAAGGUAUUGCCUGGAUUGUAGCACAUGUUGCCCCUUUCCUCCUUGUAGUUUAAAUCCAGCAUAUAUUUUUAUAAAAAAGGAGAAUUGUACAGUUUCAACACUUAUAUUGUUGUAUUGACCACCUGGGUGAAGUAUACACCAAGUUGUUUUAUACGCAGAUCAUGAAGUGAUACAAAAUCUGUUUUGUUCCAGGUAUGAGGAUGGUUUCCUGUUGGCCAAUCCAGGGAGUGUAGACCUGGCUGAAAGACAGCCUGUGGACGAGGAGAAUGAGCGUUUACGAGACAUUGUUACCUCACUACGCUCAGCCAUGGCCACAGAGCGCUCCAAAAGGGAGGGCGCUGAGCGGGAGUGUGCGGCUGUGCUGCAAGAGUUUGAGCGUCUAGAGCAGCGCCUGUUGGGAGCAGAGGGCUGCCAGCUGCGGGUUCGGGAGCUGGAGGCUGAACUGCAGGAGAUGCAGCAGCUCAGGAAGUCCAGGAUGUGUUUAGUUGGAGGCAUGGAAGAAGGUCUGGAGAUGCUACUGAACAACGGCCCAGAGACAGACACCCAAGAGGACGGGGUUGGGGUAGAGGAGGGAGAUGAAGGAAGUAUCGGAGAGGUGGGAGGGGCAGGGCAGCAGGGAGGUCCGGUGAGGAAAAGCUGCAGCGACACAGCUCUUAAUGCACGUGAUACUUCAGGCAGGCGUCAAGGCAGCUACGCCCUCCACACCAAUGGCGCGCGCAAACGUGGCAUGUCCAUCCUGCGUGAGGUGGAUGAGCAAUACCACGCCUUGCUGGAGAAGUAUGAGGAGCUGCUGGGGAAGUGCCGGCGUCAUGAGGAGAGCCUGUGCCACGCUGGGGUUCAAACCUCACGGCCGGUCUCAAGAGACCCCUCUGUGAAGGAGUACAACAUGGGAUCUGCAGGGCCAUCCACAUCUGGGGCAGUUGCCGCGCCUCCCACGCCCCCUCAAACCCCCUCCACACCUGAGGCCCUGGAGGGGAUCAGCAGGCAGGUGGAGCAGGUGGACAAACGGCUGAGCCAGAACACACCAGAGUACAAGGCCCUGUUCAAAGAGAUCUUCUCCCGUUUGCAGAAAACUAAGAGUGACAUGAAUUCCACCAAAAGCAGGAAGUCUCACAAAUGAGCUGGGAAGACCAGAUUCACAUGGCGCCCAUUUUGCUCUCACAUCAGGCUGGGGAGCUCAAUUACUGUUGUCAUCUCUGCUGUGUUGUGGGCUGUGAGUCUUAAAAGUGAAGUGCGUCUAAAAAAACAGUCAUGUCCCCCCUUACCAAAAAGAAGUAUACUGAAGUUCAUUUUAGUAUACUUCCCAAAUACAAAUAUACUACCAGUGUACUCACAAGUAAGUUUGAUAAGAGUAUCUCUGAAAAGUGCAUAAAAAGUCAACUGAAGGCGUACUUAGUUUAAACACAGUAUACUUGAGUUACACUUCAACAGACUUCUUUUUAGUAAGGGACGGCUAUUUGAUUCAACUCUUGAAAACUGGAGGGACUUGGAGCUGUGAUCAUCCUUUGACGAUCAUCUCAUUAACGUCCUUUAACUGGUCCAAAUGGAGCAAAGGUUAAAGUGGGACAUUGCUGAAUAAUUUAACCGUCAAAUCUAAAGAGUAAAUUAUUGUUGACAUUUGGCUGAAUUCCCUCCAUGUUUUGAAGUCUCUCAGUCGCUGAUUGAUCAUGGAUUGAAUAAAGAGUUGGUGACAGCAGUAUGGGUUUAUGGCUGGCGAGCCUCCCAACCUUAGCAUGUUAGAGGAAAAUGGUUGCCAUGAUAACCUGGUGAAACCAUGAGCUACCUGCAGUGAGAACAGUGACUGCACAUCUGUCUUUAUUAACUGUACUGUUUCUAAGGCUGUCCCCCCUGCCUGAAGUGAUGAUAAAUAACUACUGUCUUGUUAGUCAGAGGACAACCCCUCUACGCUGAUUCAGAGAAACAGCCAAAUGUCCAGUUGGAUAAAAUGCCUUUUUGAGUUGAUGGUUAUCAGAGCGAAAGUUUAGUUUGAGUCUUGAGACAUUUAAGUCUUUUGUGUAGUGUUUUUACCAAACGUGCUGGUGCAGACAUGACUUAACUACUGAUGAGAAACAACCAUGAAGCCAAACGAUUUAUAAAAUGGAAGAAAACUGGCACUGGCUUCCAAACUGAAGCCAGUUGAAGCAUGACUCUCAGUGCUAGGCUGGUCUUUACUUGUUGGUUGAGGGUGUAUCACAAAAGCUUUCUACCAGCCUGAUGGCAUGCAUUUCAAGCUGCAGGGUAAAGAUCUGUUUCAGGGAUGUUUUAUCAUCUUCUACAAUGAGUCACCUCUACACUGUGCUAGCACGAUAUUCAUGUUUUUUCUCCUUCAUAUGCUUCUCUAUUAAUUCAAAUAAAUGUAUGAAGAGUCUUAUUUUUAUCCUGUGCUCAGGGAGGCAGUGAAAAAUUCAGAAAUGUUCAUGUUUGGUGAAAUAAAAGAAGAAGACACUCGCAGA